AAAGAUACACCACCCCAAGUUACAAUAAACAGGCGGCCAUGUUGGGCAGGUUUGCAUUAUAAUCAAAGGCAAUGCAUGGACAUUAAAAUUAAGUCGCAUUUUGCUCAUUUCCGCAACUACUUCUGCUAUAUUUACUAUUUUGUCAAUAUCAAAACGUGUGCUAUCAACGAAUAACAUUUUAACAAUGUUUUUUUUUAUUUACUGUGAAUUCAUAUUUGCAUUUUUCUUCUUGUAUUUGUACAAAGUUUUAUGCAAUUUUAUGAAGUAUAGUGUGCCAAAAUGCCAGAUAUUUUUGUUUCCUUAGUGUCCAGAUAUGAAUGCUGGGACGUCUUUGACCCCCCCUGUCCUAACGACACUGUAGGCACGCAUCGCUAAAAUAGGUGGAUCAUAUCUGCAGGCAAACAUGGCGUUCGGAUGCUGUACUUUACCUUGUGUCCUGAGUAAAAGUUGAAAAACAAAAAGGUCGCUGUAACGUUAGGAUAUUUUAUUUGAUUUCUUUAAUGGUAAUACGAUAAUCUCUGUAUUUUACGUAAGUGUGUGGUGAAAAUGGCGUUGAGCCUCACGAGUCGUGGGGUUCGUCUCCUUUUGGGUCAAAUUCAGCGAUGUGUUGUGGCCGCAAACCCAGCCCCGCUGUAUUUACUUGGCAUGCGAGAAGACUCCAACGAUUGUUUGUCCGCAAAGCAGCUCGACGUGUGACUCAGUCGGCCACUGAGCCGGAGCCAUCCACGGCAGAGAACGAGUCCGUGAACCCGACCUUUAGGAACAGAAACCCGCGGAAUCUAGAACGGAUGGCCUUGGCUAUGAAGGACCGCGGCUGGAAGACGACAUGGCCUUCUCGUGAAUUCUACCACAGGUUGGUGUUUUCCCGCACUCAGAAGCACGUGACGGCUCAGGUCUUCUCUUGGGCUUCACGUGAGCCGGUGCUGUCGUGCUCCACCAAAGAGUGGGCUCUGAAGAAGGAGCUGCCCUCCACAAACUGCGUGGCGGCGUGUCAGGCCGUCGGCGAUGUGAUGGCGCAGCGAUGCAAGCAGGCCGGCAUCACCAGGAUGGCGUACAGGGCCGUUCCCUGGACGUAUCGCUCGGAUGCUGUUCAGUCGUUUCGAGCAGCGAUGAAAGACGGAGGGAUCACUCUCAAUGAGCCCAGAAGGAAAUACAUUGGAAACUAAAUUUACAGAUCAGCCCACAUGUUUAUCAAAAUUCUUAUGUAAAAAAAAAUAAUAAAAAUAAAUCCUCUGUGACAAUGCAAUGAGUCAAAUCGGGCUGAUUUGCUCCUGUGUAUAAACAGUUACCGAAUGAAUAUUCAUUUAUACCGCUCAUCCUCAUCAAGCGUUGGCAGGUGAACUGGGGGCUGUCCCUGCAGACCUGGGAGGGGCUUAGUACACCAAU